GCAGCCCAGAAACACAGUCAAGCCAGACCCCAGCCCCAGCAAGGGAGGGACAAGCCAUCUGUCUUAGUACCUCUGCUGAGGACUUUCCCUUCUGGCCUGAAGGAUGGAGGAGGGGGAAAGGAGCCCCUUGCUGACUCAGGUGAGCCAAUGCCCACAGCCCCUCUCCAUGAACAGUCUGCCCAUGUCAAGCAGCCCAAGUUCAGCAUCCUGGGAGGAGCAGAUGGAGGCCUGGGGCUGCCGCUGCUGUCCUGGGGCCAACCACCAAGUCUGGAGGGGAAACCCUGGUUAUUCCCAUCCCAUCAGGAAAAGCUGUAUCAAGUAUCUCACUUUCCUCUCCAACUUCCUCUUCUCCUUGCUGGGCCUACUAGUCCUGGCUAUUGGGCUCUGGGGCCUGGCUGUCAAGAGGUCUCUGAAAAGCAGUUGGGGAGAGCCCCUUCCUACAGACCCCAUGCUGGGGCUGGUGCUGGGAGGGCUGGCGGUCAGUGCAGUGAGCCUGGCUGGUUGCCUGGGUGCACUCUGUGAGAACAGCUGCCUACUACGCUGCUUCUGUGUGUCUGUCCUUGCCUGCCUGGCACUUGAGGCCCUGGCAGGGGCCCUGGUGGUGGCCCUCUGGGGCCCACUACAGGAUGGCCUGGAGCACAUCCUGCAUAUGGCCAUCACCCACUACCAGGAUGACCCAGACCUACGCUUCCUGCUUGAUCAAGUCCAGUUGGGGCUGCAGUGCUGUGGGGCAGCCUCCUACCAAGACUGGCAGCAGAACCCGUACUUUAACUGCAGCUCUCCUGGGGUGCAGGCCUGCAGCCUUCCUGCCUCCUGCUGCAUCAGUCCCCAGGAAGAGGGAGCCUUGGUGAACACUCGGUGCGGCUCUGGGGCUUUGCACCUGGACAAGGACACAGCUGGAAGAGUCGUGUACCUGCAGGGCUGUGGGUCUGCACUGCAGCAGUGGCUGCAGGACAACAUGCAGGCUGUGGGCAGCUGCAUCACCACGGUUGUUGUGAUUCAAGGGGCUGAGCUCCUGUUGGCCACCUGGCUGCUGUGGGCCAUAGCUGCCCAAAAGGCAGCAGAGGAUGCUGAGGCUGGCCCUUUGUGA